AUGGCAGAAGAAGUGAAUUUCGUGAUCAAAACUAUGGUGCAACUGCUAGGGGUUAAUAAAGAGGUGGCUCUUCUGCAGUUUGAACUACUAUUGAAGAGCUUGCAUAUCCGCAAAGAUUACAUAUUGCUUAUUCUCAAGGCUUUGAAGAAGGAGUAUGUUUCUGAAGAGGAAGAAUAUGAAGUAUUGAAGAAGAUUUGGGAUGUGAAGAUGGAGCAUGUGCAACUUAUUAGGGAUGAGCAUUUUAAUUUGAUUAAGACGGGAGAAGAAAAAGGAAAUAAGAAGCAGAAAAUGGCAGAGAAAGCAGAAGAUGAGGAAAACAACAAUUUUGAUGGUAAGCAGUUGGUUCCGUGCAUUGAAAAAUUGCAAGAUAUACAAGACAAGCUCGAGAAGAUUAAUGAAGAAGCAAGGGAUGAAGUGUUGAAAAUAGCACAAAAGUUGAGUCAGAUCCGCAAGCCAGUGUAUGAGAAGCGAAAUCAUAUUAUUAAAAGUAUUCCUGACUUCUGGUUGACGGCAUUCCUGAGACAUCCUAUUCUUUCUGAACUUGUAAGUACAGAAGAGGACCAUAAGAUUUUCGAGUUUUUAUGUUCUAUCGAAGUGGAAGACACUGAAGAUUUUAAAUCGGGUUAUACCAUCACCUUCUACUUCAGUCCAAAUCCCUUUUUUGAAAAUACAAUGCUGUCGAAGACUUAUACCUUCCUUGAAGAUGGACGACCUACAAAAGUUACUGCUUCCACAGUACAAUGGAAAGAAGGAAAUGGAGUUGUUCCCCAUGCUGAGGAAGGCUUCUUUAGGUGGUUCAGUAGCGAAGUCGAUCAGAAGUAUAAUGAAGUUGCUGCGAUAAUCAAGGAUGAGCUAUGGCCGAACCCUCUAAAUUAUUUUAAUGAAGCUGAUGAAGAAAAAGAUUUUCAUGAGGCAGACAAAGGUGGUGAUAAGAUAGUGAACGACAGUGAAGAUGAUGGCAAUGAGGAGGCCGAUGAAGCUGAUGAAGAGGAUCUUGAGGCUGCAGGCGGAAGUGGCAAUGAGGUAGUAAAGGACAAUGAAGAUUACGAUGAGGAGGCUGAUGAAGAGGAUCUUGAGGCUGCAGACGAAGCUGGUGAUGAGGGAACGUAG